CAGUUCCCCAACUUUUAAAUGUAGGAACUCCAAUGUAAAGACUUUACCAUCUCCUUAUUAAGCUUGAGUCACACAUGACGGGGUAAUGAGCAUGAAAUCUCUGGUCAGAGCGGCAACUUUGGAAGGAAAGUGAAAUUAAUUUCCUCGCAAAAUUGGGCUGCUUCUUGAUCACUGAUCGGGGAACAGCGCAAUGAGGAUAGGGUCUUUUUGGUAUAACAGCCGAUGUGUAUGCGUGUGUGUUUAAGUGAGGACGGAGCAAUAACUGUAUCCUCAGUCAAAAGUCAGUGCUGCUCUGCUGAUGCUGCUCCGCAUACCGACGCAGCUCAACCUCCGGACAGGAACCAAACAUCAGAUCAUAACGUGGUGUGAAGGUUAUUGAUCUCAUCGGACAGAUCCCAAUCGCCAUGGAGCUGCAACUGUUCGCCACGGCCUGUCUCCUCUUUGGCAGGAUAAUGAUAACGCAUCAAACUCACAUGAACUCAUUGACUACGUUUCUGUUCACUCCACGUGGGCCUCAGAUGUUUCCGUGUCUAACUUACCUGGAGCGAAACGUCAGGGUGGACUGUGAGUUUCCGCCCACUUACCAGGUCCCCGGCCCCUACUGUGAGUAUCGGCAGGACAGCCGGCUGGUGGGCAGCACCUAUCCCAAUGCCGUCGCCUAUGUGUCUACAGAGGACCGCAGGAGGAGCAACGUCAGCCUGGUCACUCCCAAUCUGUGCCGCCUCACCUGGGCCCCGCUGGCUGAUGAGAGGCCUUUCACCUACACCUGCAGGGUUUACCAGGGCGACAGAUGGAAGGAGAACAGCAUGGCCGUCCAUCACAGGAUUCUUCCAAUCUGCUCUGCAAUCAGUGUAAUGUUCAAAUCAGCGCCAUGGCUUUUGUCACUGGUGAUGUCACUUCCUGUGGCUAUGGGUCUUCUGUUUCCAUGAACUCUCACUUUCACAGGGUAACAACUCAAUAGACCUUUCUCACAUGAUUUGUGACUCACUCUGGUUUGGUGGUUGGUGGUUGACUCUAUGUGGGAUGAUUUUAUUUUCUGUUAUAUUAUUUUUUAGAGUAGAAGCCAUGACAACCCUUCUAAAUAAAUGAGACUGUAUGAAAUCAA